AACCUCCAAAAUUAGUUUUACACACAAGAAAUUUGAGUUAGCCAUGGCCGAGUCUAACGAGGAUCAUAAGCCUUUAGCCCCACUUUAUCUCACUACCCGGAGUGACCAACCAAACGAAGAAGAUCAGUACCACCAACACGACAAAACCAAAUACGUCCAUUCACAUGCAAAACUCAUCUUAUGUUGUGGUUUCAUCGCAUCUUUAGCUAUGCUCAUCGCAGUCACCUUCAUCGUCCUCUCCCUCACUGUUUUCCAUCUCCAUAACCCAAAACUCACGGUCGACUCCAUAUCCAUCAUCCAACGGUUGGAUUUCGUCAAUGAGGUAACUGGGGAUAGUAUCCCAAGAAGUGAAGCUGUUCCGGCAAAACAGACGGUUAAGAUGAGCCUGACGGCUGAGAUUGUUACAACAAAGCUACUAGCAUCUGUUCCAGGUUUAAUGGAGGAUUUAAACGGAAGAGGAGUGGGGCUGAAUAGUAGUGUUGAAGUUAGAGGUAAAGUGAAGAUAAUGAAGAUUUUCAAGAAAUCUGUUCAUCUUAUAAUGGAUUGUUCCAUGAUGAUGAUGAUGAACAAUUCCUCAAUGGUUACAUUACUCUGUCUCAGAAGAACACAUGGAAUGACUGAAAACAUGUCUAAAUCUAAACAAGAUUAAAUUUUGUUCUACGCUUAUUUAUAGAUGUCUGUAAAUACCGAAUGUGAAAAGAAAGAAAUGCAUUGUAGAAUCAAAAGAUAAGAACGUUCUGCUGGAAACUA